AUGGUAUACUUGGCGGAAAUCGAACUCCUCUCCAGUACCCGCCGCGCUUCUCUCUACAUAAUGGAUUACUGUUCAUCACGGCCGUUGCGCUCGUCGCGAAGUGACCACACGCUCACACAGGAAGCGCGAAUCGAAGCGUUAUUGGACGAGAUGCGACCGUAUCAACAACGAUCUCGUCCAAUUCGGAUUUCUGACGAUGACGCUCCGCCUCCAUCUCCACCCAGUUACGACGUCAUUUUCCAACCAAAACAUGCCCCUCCACCUUACAGCCAGUUGGUCCUACGACCAGUACAGUCCGUAUGGACGGUCCUUGAUCGUGAGCCGUUGUCGAAGCCUAAUAUUCGACCGACCUGGGCUGGCUGUCCAAAACCUUUGAAGGAUUCCUAUCUUGCCCCAUUUGUAAACCAUUCUCAAAAUGGCUACUCUACGAUGUUUCCAAGUGCUGCUAUUGGACAAAAUGGAUUUUUGUCCUCAGAGAGUAUGAAGAAAAUACCCUUGACCGAUGACUCGACGACGUCGACAUUUUCGCUUCCGGACGAUUCCGUCGUUGAUGAUCUUGACUGCGGAAUCACUCCGAGAAAUACCCCUCGUCAAGCUAGCUUCAUGGCAGCGAUGACACGACAGGAAAUGAGCGAUCAAGAUGACGACGCAAUGCGCUGUUGCCUAACGAAGCAGGCGACGCCGCUCGUACCGCGGCGCGUCGCAGAUGCGGCCAAGCCGACUGCCCGUGACGUGAUUUUGCGGAAUACAACGAAUCGUGAGAACAGACGGACCACUGUAUACGGCGACCAUAUCUUCUCAAAGCAAACUCGACAUGAAUCACAACGCGAUCUGAAUCAUAAUGGUGGGUGUGGCUGUAAUAUGAGCUCUGUAUUAUUUUUCUUUUUGAAACUUUCCCGUUUCGACAUUUAUUAUUACAGUAUGCCGUAA